AUGGAGCCAGCAGCUGAGACGAGAGGGCCCGAGCUCAUGGCUGUUAUAGUUACCUUUUUUGCUUUAUCACUUAUUUCUUGUGUAUUGCGGUUCUAUGUUCGAAUUUUCAUGAUCAAGGCGUUCCGAGGUGACGACUGGUUAAUGGCUAUUGCUAUGAUGUCCUACACUAUGUAUGCUGUCUUCACUAUUUACGGCAUUACACAAGGGACGGGCCGACAUAUGGAGGAUCUCGGGUUGGAGCAGAUCCAUAAAGCAAUGAUGUGCUGGUGGCUCGGUUAUAUCGGCUACAGUCUCACAAUGAUGAUGUGCAAAUUAUCCAUUGGCUUCUUCUUGCUCAAUGUGGCAACUAGCAAGUUACACAAAUGGGUCAUCUACAUAACCAUGUUCUGCUCUACAGUCUCUGGGCUUCUCUUCUUCUUCAUCUCGAUAUUCCAAUGCCAACCCAUAUCCUAUGCUUGGAUGAAGGAUCAGCCAGGCAAAUGCAUUAACCUCAAUGUCACUAUUUACCUGACAAUCAUGUAUAGCAUCACUGCCGUUAUUUCUGAUUUUAUCUUUGCGCUCCUCCCGGGACUCAUCAUUUGGAAAUUGCAGUUGAAGAAGAGGACAAAAUAUUCCCUUAUACCUCUCCUUGCCAUGGGUUGCGUUGCGAGCGCUGCCGUCGUAGCUCGGUUUCCAUACCUUGCUGGGUACAGGGAAGUCGACUGGCUCUGGCACACUGUGGAUGUUGCAAUAUGGUCAAUAAUUGAACAGGGAUUGGCAAUAACAGCUACCAGCUUAGCAACGUUACGGCCCUUGUUUAAACUUGCAGGACAUCGCCUUGGUCUCGCGAGUCAACCCACAGCAUUACGUCCCUAUGGUCACAAGUCAACACCGAGUUCCGGAUCUGCAAACCAAGGUCACCUUGCUGGACGCUUUUCGGAACGUGCAGCUUUGUCGCCUACGUCUAUUCGGCGCCCAGAAGCUGCAGGUCGAAGAAUGUCUGGUUUGAACUCAAAGUUCUCUAGCGGGGGUAGUGAAAGUGAGGUUGAGCUAAGUUCGCCCGACACUUGGGUAAACAAGCGAGAUAGACAGUGGGUUUAG